AGUCUAAGGCGGAGCUCUGCGCGUUGCCCUGGAGACAACAAGGGGGCGGAGCCUGCAGGCUAAGGACUUCAAGAUCCUUUGGCGCUUUGUGACGCUCGACUAGGGAGUUGCCUAGGAGACGCGCGAGGGGGCGGGGCCGGGAGGCGGCGGCCGAUCUGGUGGCGGUCCUUCCGGGAUCUCCUAGACGCUCUGCGAGGCUCGUUUCCGUGGAGACGGGCUGGUAGGCUGUGCUGCAGCCCACCCCGCUUCCCCGGAGGUCUGGUAACUGCUCGAGUCCUACGAGGCUGCGUCCCCGUGCAGAACGGGCCGCGGCUGACCCCUAGGCCCAGGGGCUGCGCGAGGAGAAGCCGUUGCUGCCGAGAUCCAGGAUCAUGAUGGGCCCUCUCGGAGACCGUCGCCCGCGGCUCCGCCCUGCAGUCGCUUCCUGAAAGACUCCGUGGUGCUGUGGGAAAGAGUGUUGUGGGCACAGCCUAGCAGAAAAAGAUGGAAGUUUAACACAUCACCAGCUGUUGACCUGUCACCUUGAUGACUUCACCAUUGGGUGCCUCUCCAAUCCAGUUCCCACAGCCUUCCAUCAGUGGCCUCUCACAGAUCACCCAGAGCCUGUUUAUCAGCAAUGGUGUGGCUGCCAACAACAAGCUCCUGCUGUCCAGCCAUCAGAUCACCACGGUCAUCAACGUCUCAGUAGAGGUAGCAAACACCUUCUACGAGGAUAUCCAGUACGUGCAGGUGCCUGUGGUUGACGCACCCGUCGCACGUCUCUGUGAUUUCUUCGACCCCAUUGCCGACCACAUCCAUUCUGUGGAGAUGAAGCAGGGCCGCACACUGCUGCACUGUGCCGCUGGCGUAAGCCGCUCAGCUGCCCUGUGCCUCGCCUACCUCAUGAAGUACCAUGCCAUGACCCUCCUAGAUGCCCACACUUGGACCAAAUCACGCCGGCCCAUCAUUCGACCCAACAGUGGCUUUUGGGAACAGCUCAUCAAUUAUGAGUUCCAGCUGUUUGGCAUGAAUACAAUGCACAUGAUUAACUCUCCAAUGGGACUGAUCCCAGACAUCUAUGAGAAGGAGAUCCGUUUUAUGAUUCCACUGUAAGCCAAUCCAAGCAGCUCCUUUAUUAGGGUCAGCAGUGCAACUCUGUCAACAGUACAUACACCAAGGCCUAAAACUUGAACAUUCUACUUGUGUUGCUACAGGAGCACACCAGUUGGUGCUUUUUAUAAGGGCAAGAAAACAAGAGUUGUAACUUUCAACUUCAUAAUCCACAGAUUUGGUAGUACGUGCCUUGAACCUCAGAUGGCUGAAGCAGGAAGAUUGCAAGGUGAGUUUGAGGCCAGCAUGGGCUACAUAGUGAGACCCUGCCUCAACACACACACACACACACACACACACACACACACACACACACACACACCAGUUACUGUCUUGUAAUCCAUGUCUUUAGAGAUUAAAUUCAUUUAUCGUGAAGGUAACUUUUCUGUGAGCCGUAGGUCACAGCUGCUGUGUAGAGGAUGAGGGAAGCAGGUGGUGGUCAGGCCAAAGAGGCCAGUGCACAGUGCAUAUGGCAGCCUUGGGAUCCUUCAGCUCUCCCUAGAUGACCAACCCAGAGGAGAAUCUGCCAAAUUCCCACCUCAUUCAUUCACAGAACCUUAAGCAUCCUGGCGCUCUCCAGUGUCUCACAGUAAGUGCCAACCCUUCUACCUCCACCACAGCGACCCAGCUCUGGUCUUCUAGGGCAGACUUACCAGGGCUUGGAUCACACCCGGUCAGCGGUAAUCGUCAUGUAGGUAGGUCAUCCUGUCUACACACAUCCCUCUCUCCAUACGUGUUCUCAGAAGCCUUUGUGUGAGAGCAGAAAUGGCUUCAUCUUGCUAGGCCUCAUCUGAGAAGCCUUUUCCAGAACGCCCACUUGCAGCCUAGGACACAUGUCCAGCUUUCUCCAAAAGGCCUUAUGCAGAGUUGCAGACCAGGAGAUCCAGUGUCCCAGGCUGGCUGACUGUUCAGGAGUUGUGGAGACAGAGGUCAGGACAAGUGAGUUGACUCCAGCGGGCUGCUCAGAAUCCAACUCAAGAAGACUUUGUUUGCUUAAGACGUGGUCCCACAUAGCCUUGUGCUCUUUAUCUCCUCGCCUGUACUUUAGGAAUGCUGGACUCACAGGCGUGUGCCACCUUGCCCAGCCAAGACCAGUGCUCCAGUUUGCUUUCUUGUGGUGUGACACCAGAAGCAGCUUGGGGAAGGAAAGGGUCCAUUGACUUGCUGUCUGUCACGAGAAGAUGUCAGGACAGGGUCUCAAGGCAGGAACUGAAGCAGAAUCAAGGAGGAAUGCUGUUUACUGGCCUGCUCUCUCCCCAUGGCUUGCUCACCCCAAUUUCUUAUAUAACCCUGGACCACCACCUGCGCCCUCUCACGUGAGUUACUAGUUCAGAAGCCCCACAGAUGUGCUCACCUCAGUGGAAGGUCCCUGUUCCUAGGUGACUCUAGUUUAUGUCACUGACAAACACUAACCAGUUAGUCUAGUCUAGAGAUUUGCAGACCGUCUGCGAGGCAAGCAACAGCAGACUGCCUGUUGGAUGGCUUGAUGAGUGCUGUGCAUCUGGGGCUCUGUAGAGACUGCAGCCUUUCCUCCUCCUGUGUUAGCCUGGUUCUCGGCAGGCACAGAACUGGUAGGGUAAAAAUAAAAGAAUUAAACUUA